CAACUGAUUCUAACUGGGUAAUUUUCAAAAACUUGAAAAUUGAGUGUUUCCGACCGUCGAAUCGGAUUCGAUGAACUGGGUUCAACGAAAAAUCUAUCUUUACAACGUCACCUUCGGGCUUUACAUGCUUGAUUGGUGGGAACGAUACCUAUUCAAUUCUUUGGUGAUAAUCUUGAUGUGGUUUAUUCUGUACAAUGGAUCUCGCUAUUUUUCAGAGCUCUGCAAGAGGUAA